AUGAAGCAUCCAUUUCAACUCCUUCUAGCGAACAAGCAGGGUAGUCUAUUAUUCGCAGCAGUACAAAACCACAUCCUCGUCUACAAUACAUCUACGGGGAAAAUAGUAGGCCACUGGUUUGACGACCAACAAUCAACUCACAAAAACCAUCAAUUAGAAAGACGAACUGGAAAACAAAUUUCAUCCAAAGUGCAAAUCUACAAUCACGUAAAAUGCUUGGCCUUGACUGAAUCUGAAUCACAUCUUGUUGCAUCUACUGAUUCCGAUAAAUCAGUACUUAUAUUCACAUUAGAUUAUGAUAGUGAAAAUAUCUUGACUUUGAGUAAACGACAACCAAUGGCCAAGCGGCCAUACGCCAUAACCACCCAUGAUGGCGAAGCUAUCGUUGCAGACAAAUUUGGUGAUGCGUAUACUGUACCCAUUGAUCUGAACCCGCCAGUUUUAGAGAAAGAUUUAGUCCCAAUCUUAGGUCAUGUCAGUAUGUUGACUGAUGUCAUCGUUGGUGUCCAUAAUGACAAACCAUUUUUGAUUACAAGUGAUAGAGAUGAACAUAUUAGAGUAUCGAGUUAUCCAAAAUCGUACGUGAUUAAGCUGUUUCUACAUGGCCAUGAGGAAUUUAUUUCGCAACUUUGUUUAGUGGAUGAUCUAUUGGUCUCUGGUGGUGGUGAUGAUUACUUGUUUGUUUGGAAUUGGUAUACCGGUGAAAUGUUGACUAAGUUUGAUUUGAAAGAUAUUGUGCGUCCGUUUUUGACUGAUGCUCAUUUACCUCCUGAAAAAUAUAGAUCAGAAGAUUCACCAAGGGAGAUCAGUAUUGCAAAGAUUGAGUUUGUCCAGUUUGGUGAUGCGAAAUAUUUUGUUGUGUUGGUGGAACAUACUUCAUGUUUAAUUGUGUUGAAAUACGAGGAGAAGGAGCUUAAAUUACACAACAUUAUAAAAUUGGAUCUGCUUUGUGUGGCAUUUACUGUGGGUAAUGAUUCAGUCUACGUUUCAUUAGUUUCUGAGUCCAUAUUACAACGGUUAACCUUUCCUGAUGGAUCACCCAAAAACUUGAUAAUUGACACCAACCUGAUUCCAAUUGAUGUCAAUACCAAAUCAGAAUUUGCUGAGCUCUACCCAGUAGCUACAUUACGAAAGAGAAGUGAAUAUUAA